AUGGAGGAGUACAAGGAUUUUUUGGAGCGUGAAUACGGCGCAAGCGUCCAAAGGAUGAUUUUAAAUAAUGAUCGAAGGGUCAUAAUUGACCUUUCGAAAAUUAGUUAUCAUCUCCCAAACAAAAAACUGUUGUUAUUACAUCAGUUCCGCGAAGAGGAGGCGCUGUUGAGGCUGGCCCUCAAGAAAGUGGUAGAAUCCUGUGACCACGAGUAUGCAAAUCUACAUGAAGAGUUUUUUGUUGGAUUUGAUGGCUGCUUCGGUAGCCAUCAUGUCACACCUAGGACUCUAAAAAAUUUUUAUUUAAAUAAAUUGGUGAACGUCGAAGGAAUUGUUUCUCGCUGUGAUGUCGUUCGUUCAAAAUUAGUGAAAAGUGUUUCUAUUCAUCCAACAACCUGCCAAAUAAAAAUCGUUCAUUAG